AUGUUCGAGAAAAAGUUUAACAUUGAAGUACAAACUUUACAGCCUUUACGUGAGUUUCUUGCACAACUGAAAGAAGAAGGUAGUCAGCCACAACUUAUAGACUUUCAUUAUGAAUUUAAUGAAAAUGAAGAUGGAACACAUGACUGUCAAUUCAUUGUAUUCUCACCAUUCAAUGAAGUCGCUAAAAAGAAAGAAAAUCCAUUACGUAUAAGAUUUCAAAUCUCUGAACCAAGUGAUGAUUUCAAGAAUGUUUUCAAUUAUGAUGCAAUGCUUCCGAGGAAAAAUGAUUUUUCCGAAAUUAGAUUUCCAGGUAUUUGGGAUAGAAAGCAAGCUAUAUUAUAUUCAAACUUAAGUAAGGGAGUUGAAAAUGAGUUCAUUGGUCAUACAAGAACUUCACCACUUCCUAACCCUAAAUACUAUAAAUUAACUGGCUUCAAUCGUGAGUUUUGGAUAGACAUGUUCUCCACUCAUGACCAUAACUGCCCAGUGUUCUUACCUCCAGACCAUAAGGACUGUCUCUACAUUGAAGCACAACUCUUAAACUCUACCAUCGCAGUAUUGUAA